AUGAGAAGAAAACGUCAACUACCUCCAGUUUUACAAGUGUUAGGAACACCUACUUUAACAGAUAUCAUUCGUUCAAAAAAUACAGAAAUGGAAAUUUUGCCAUCCGAAUAUGCACUACAAAAUAGUAUCGAUACAUCGAAUAGCGUUGUUUCCACUCUGUCAGAGCCAAAUAAAUCAAAAGUUGUUCGAGCGCUUGAUCCCGAAGAUUCACGACGAACAAUUGUUAACGAUGAUGACAUGCUUUUAGCCUAUUUAGGCAAUAGUAAUGUAAUGCUUAACAACAAUGAAGACAAUCAACAAGGAUAUUCCAAUCAAAUGAACCUUUUGAAUCCUGUUAAUCCUUCUAGUAUGGCAUCGAUUUAUUCGGCACGUAUUUUAGAUACCAAUGAAAGACAACGGUACAUUAAACAAUUACAAAAACAAUAUGAACAAAAUGAGCACUUUAAUAACCCGAGACAAGGCGUUAUGUUAUCACCACAAUUGUACCACAUAAACGAUCAACCAGUUAUAACAGAUACAUAUACGAUCAAUACUGUACAAAAUCAUGAUUUGCCCUAUACCGGUCAGUUUGAAACAACUAUGUUUAAACAUCGUUUUAAUCCAAAUAUAAUGAAAAAAAUGCAUGUAGAGGGCAGUCAACAACAGUCACAACCACAAACGUCACCCAUCUUUCGUCUUGAAAGCAUUCAACAAGAAAAACCCAUUUCAUUAUUAUUUUCAAAAAAUGAACAACAACAUCAACCUCUUCUUACCACCUUUCAUUCACCAACCUUAAUUACAAAUGUCUCUUUGGAGUUAAGCAAUAAUUUAAAAUCAAUAAUAAACGGAAAAAAUAUUCAAGUUGUUGAAUUAGCAAAUGGAUGGAAAGCCUUACAGGGUGAACAGUCGAAAAAAAACACAUCCAUAUUGCCGGAUGCAAAACUUCCCAUAGAAAUUCUUUCCUUUAAUAAUUCCAUAUUUAGUGAUGAUCUAAUGCAAAUAAUACGUCAUACAAAUCCCGAAAACAUCUCAAAUAUGAUGAAUAUCAAUAAUAUAUCAACUGAUCAAUUACAUAAAAUAUUAUCCGAUGAACCAUCAACAUUUGCUAGUAAAAUUGUAUCUCAUUUCAAUGAGCAACAACUAGAACUGUUAAUACAAACGUUAACGAACAUUCUGUCGGGUAAACCGACGUACCAUACAAAGCCAGACAAUUCCUCUCUUGCACAUUUUAUGACAUACGUAGAUAGUUCAGAUACAUAUCAUACAUCAGGUACGAACAAUUCUUCAUCAUCAAAUGUUAGCGUUAUGUCGAAUUUAACUAAUAUUGUAUCCGAAUUAUAUAAACUUCAGUCAGUGAAUGCUAACUGGAACAGUACGCCGUUCUCACAACAACAACAAAGUAGCCAUCGAUAUUGGCCUUUGAUAACCAAGAUAACGGCAAGAUUACCUCGUCUAGGACUCAAUAUUGUUGGACGAAUGAAUUUAACUGUUCAUCAUGACAGUACACUAAGAUCAUUAAGCCCGGUCAGUUCUGAGAUCCCGACUAGAAUCACAAAAACAACAACUAUCGAGACAACAACUACCACUAUUAGUACUAUCAGUAGUACAAUCAACACACAAAUCUCAAUAACAAAUGAAUUGACUGAAACUAUUAAACCCACAUUCACACCAACUUCAACGAUUCCUCCUGUGAAUACUAUUUUCGAAAUCUCGUCGACGAUCACUACUAUACCACCCACAGAUGCAGCAGCAGACGGAAAUUACGACGUUCGAACCAAUAAGAACGACUAUCUCAUGAAAUUGCUUAAGUCUAACUCAACGAACGGAAACAAUAGCCGGCCAUUACAAACCAUCGUUAUAGUGUUCCAGUCAAAUUCAAAUUUAUCACCUAAAAAUGUUUCGUUCGACACGUUAAAAAUGUUACUGGACCAUUUAAGUCAUCUAUUUUAUAAAAAUAACAAAAAACGUACUAUCCGUGCUAUUUAUAAUGAAAGUGAUAUACUAACAAGUCACAACGAUAAAUAA